AUGGGUGCCGCGACUCUUCAUCAUGAGGUGCUGCCAAGGCUGCAGAGGGACCUCCGGCGGCAGUGGCACCUCUGUGAUGGCCGCCACGUCAGCAACGUUUUAUGGAGCCUCGCUCGCCUGGCGGAGCAUUCGCCUCUCUUUAGCCUGGCGGGGAAACUGGACUUGGACUUUGGCGGUCAGGAGCUGGCCAAUACGGCCUGGGCUUUGGCCACGGUCCGCCACGCAGAGAAUGCGGAGCUCCUGUUCCGAUCCCAGGCGCAGGCGCGUGUCAGCAGUCAGCAGCUGGCCAACUUGUUCUGGGCGGCCGCCCGGCUUCAGGUGAGGACGGCGCUGGAAGGAAUGGCAGGCGAGGUGGCGGCGCGCUGUGGAGAGCUCUCAGCGGUGCAGCUGGGUGCGGCGGUGUGGGCGUGUGCUGCCGGCCAGGAGGGUCACGGCACCAAGCGCCACGGCGGGAUGCGGGAUCCAAAGUUGCUGCUCGCUUUGGAGGAGGAGGCGGUGGCAAAGCGCGGAGAGCUGAGCAGCCGCGUGCUGGCCAACAUCCUUUGGGGCUUUGCCACUCUCCAGUGGCGCUCCCAGGAGACCCAAGAACUUCAUGCAUGCAUCUUCGACGAGGCUGUUCAGAAAAGGCACUGCAUGCGGAGCCAGGAGUUGGCCAUGUGCGCCUGGGCGCUGGCGAGCCUGGAAGCCGUGGAGGAGCUGGGAAGGUUGCUGCAGGCGCCUUUGUCCAUGGACGCUUUGGAGCCCCGAGAGACGGCCAGCCUGGCCUGGGCCUUGACCCACCUCCCCGCCGCCGCCGCCGCCGCCGGCGCCGGCGCGGCGGUUUUGGGGGCGAUGCGGCGCAUGGUGAGGACCCGGGAGUUGCUGGGCUUCGAUGACCGGUCCUUGGCGGCGCUGGUCCGCAGCCUCCCGCAGCUGCGGCUGGCAGAGGCUUUCAACAGCAUCCUGCGGCGGCUGCCGGAGCUGGGGGCGGACCUGGGUGGCGCGUUGCUGUGCGGCGCGGGUCAGUUGGGUGCAGACACUGGGCCCAUUUGGGCGGCGCUGAAGCCCGGCGAAUGGCGAGAAGAGGAGCUGGUUCCCUUCGUGCGGGCCUACGCGGAGGAAAGGCCCGACUCCGUGCUGCGGGCGGCCGAGGAGUUUUGCGCCUCACGGAAGGUUUGGAUGAAGGUGGCGGGCAGCCAAAAGGCUCAGCUCCUGGAAGCCCUGCUGCGGGCGACUCGGCCCAAAAGGAUCCUCGAGGUGGGCUGCUACGUGGGCUUCACGGCAAUUCGCUUGGCCAGCACCGCGCAGGCCUGGGGCGGCCGGGUCGUCAGCCUAGAAAUGGACCCCACCAUGGCCAGGGUGGCAAACCAAUUGGUGAGCCACGCCAAGCUCUCCGAGGUCGUGGACAUCCAGGUGGGUCACAGCGAGCAGCUUCUGCCGCGGCUGGGCCAGGAAUUCGACUUCGUCUUCUUCGAUCAGCGAGGGUCCCGCUUUGGUCGAGAUCUGCAGCUGCUUGAGCCAUGGCUGGCAGCGCAGGCCGUGGUGCUGGCGGACAAUGUGCUGAAGCCCGGGGCGCCAGCCUUCCUUUGGCAGAUCUGCGGGUCCCAGGACUGGGAGACCAGGGUGGUGGAGCUGCUGGAUUUCGGGCCCUGUGGCGUCUUGGAUUGGAUGUCCAUCUCCCGCCGGCGCGGCCUGGGCGCCCACCACGCCCACCACGCCCAGCUCCCGGAGAGCUUCGCCCACCUGGCCUGGCAGGCGGACGAGAUGCGAUGGCGCAGCAUCGACGGCCACGUGACACCGCAGCAGUGGGACGAGUUCGCGCGGUACAUGAAGGCCUCGCUGGCGAAAGCCGGGCUCCGCCCACAUCUCCAGCACAUGGAGGACGUGGAGUGGCUGCGGGACCUGGGCCGGUGCAUGCCGCAAGCUGAAGGGGAUCAGCUUGCAAGCGAAAAGAAGCGCGCGGGCCAGGAUCCAAGUUCCUUCGUGGCGUGCGUGGUGCGCCAGGUUCCACCGGAUGCGAGCACCGUGGAGAUGGCCAUCUUGGACCUGAACCAGAAGGAUCUGUGGCAAGGCCAGCGCCUGGAUGCCAACUCGCUGCUGGCGCUGCGAUGCGUGCCGGAGGAGCAGGCCAUGGACAUACUGGGCAGCCUCUUCAGCAAGGGCAGCGGCAAAGGGGUGAUCCGGAAUCCAAAUGAUUACUUGCAGGCAGCCGUGGCGAAGAUCAUGAGGGAUGGCGGUAGCAGCGGCGGCGGCAUGAACUUCACGGGCAAUCAGACCAGGCAAAGGGCCCAGCAGCUGGGGCUAUACCUCGAGGAUGAGACGCUGCAGGCUCUCUCCAAGAUGCCGCUCCGGGCCUCGGUGAAACUUCUGGAGGGCGCCGUGCAGGCUCAAUCGACCGGCGAAGAUCCCAACAACUUCAUCACCAUGGAGGUAUCACCCAAUAAGAAGCAGCGCAUCGGGUGAGACGAGAGCGCUGCUUCGCUUUUGCCCUCGCCUUCAUUUUCUUGCAAGCCAA